AAGGACGUAGUUGUCCGGUGCACAUGUGUGAGAGAAAGCUACCUGUCUAAAGCGAAAGAAUGGAUCCCAAUAAACUUAAAGAUUUACUUACAAAAGGUGGUAAAAAGGGUGGCAAGUUUGGAGUUGGUUUGGCAGCAAUAGUUGGAGCUGCUAUUGGGAUACAACAGUCAUUUUAUACAGUCGAUGGAGGUCAUCGAUCAAUUGUAUUCAGUCGCAUUGGUGGGGUUCAAAAGCAAGUCUAUUCUGAAGGGCUUCAUUUCAGGGUGCCAUGGUUUCAGUAUCCCAUAAUAUAUGACAUCAGAGCAAAGCCAAGAAAGAUUACCUCACCAACUGGAAGCAAAGAUUUACAGAUGGUGAAUAUCUCUUUAAGAGUCUUGGCACGACCAGAUCAAACAUUUCUCCCUCAGAUUUACAGACAAAUUGGUACAGACUAUGAUGAGAGGGUAUUGCCUUCUAUUUGUAAUGAGGUUUUAAAGUCAGUUGUAGCUAAGUUUAAUGCAUCCCAGUUGAUUACACAACGUCAACAGGUGAGUAUGCUCAUCAGGAGGGAACUGACAGAGAGGGCCCAGGACUUCCAUCUUAUAUUGGAUGAUGUGUCAAUAACAGAACUGAGCUUUGGCAAAGAGUAUACAGCUGCAGUUGAAGCUAAACAGGUUGCCCAGCAAGAAGCACAAAGAGCCCAGUUCUAUGUGGAGAGAGCCAAACAAGAGAAACAGCAGAAAAUAGUCCAGGCUGAUGGUGAAGCUCAGGCUGCCAAACUGAUAGGAGAGGCUAUUCAACAAAACCCUGGAUUUCUAAAGCUGAGAAAAAUUCAAGCUGCCCAAAAAAUUGCCAAAACUUUGGCAUCUUCACAGAAUCGUGUGUACUUGCAAUCUGGAAGUUUAAUGCUGAACAUUGCUGAUAAAGACUUUGAUUCAAACCUUGAGAAUCUUAAGAAGCGUUGAUUGGAAUAAUUGAUAUUCUGGAAAAUAUUUUAUGUGUGUAAAUCUUGUAAAACAUACAUAUUGUGUACAAUUCUGAAUUGACCAAUUACUGAUUGUCUGGAUUUUGUACAAAAUAUGAAAAUAAGAACCAUUAA